AUGGCUGCCCAGUGUGUCACAAAGGUGGAGCUGAAUAUUUCUUGUGAUAAUCUCCUGGAUAAAGAUGUCGGAUCAAAGUCAGACCCUUUGUGUGUGCUGUUCUUCAAUACGAGUGGUCAGCAGUGGUAUGAGGUUGAACGCACAGAAAGGAUUAAGAAUUGUUUGAGUCCUAGAUUUUCCAAGACGUAUAUUAUUGAUUAUUACUUUGAAGUGGUUCAGAAACUGAAAUUUGGCAUUUAUGAUAUCGACAAUAAGACUAUUGAUCUGAGUGAUGAUGAUUUCUUGGGAGAAUUUGAAUGUACCCUGGGACAGAUUGUCUCCAAUAAGAAGCUAACUCGACCACUGGUGCUUAAAAAUGGGAAACCUGCAGGAAAAGGGACAAUUACGAUACUGGCUGAAGAAAUAAAGGAUAACAGAGUGGUCUUAUUUGAAAUCGAAGCAAGGAAACUGGAUAAUAAGGAUCUGUUUGGAAAGUCAGACCCAUACUUGGAAUUCCACAAACAGACAUCUGAUGGAAACUGGCUAAUGGUUCAUCGAACAGAGGUCAUUAAAAAUAACUUGAAUCCUGUAUGGAGGCCUUUUAAAAUCUCUCUUAACUCCCUCUGCUAUGGAGACAUGGACAAAAUCAUUAAGGUAGAGUGUUAUGAUUAUGACAAUGAUGGGUCACAUGAUCUCAUUGGAACAUUUCAAACCACCAUGACCAAACUGAAGGACGCCUCCAGAAGCUCACCUAUAGAGUUUGAAUGCAUAAAUGAGAAGAAGAGGCAGAAGAAGAAAAGCUACAAAAAUUCAGGUGUUGUCAGUGUGAAACAGUGCGAGAUUACAGUGGAAUGCACGUUCCUUGACUAUAUCAUGGGAGGAUGUCAGUUGAAUUUUACUGUGGGCGUGGACUUCACUGGCUCCAAUGGUGAUCCGAGGUCUCCCGACUCCCUCCACUACAUCAGUCCCAAUGGUGUUAAUGAGUAUUUGACUGCUAUCUGGUCUGUGGGACAGGUCAUUCAAGAUUAUGAUGCUGAUAAGAUGUUCCCAGCUUUCGGUUUUGGUGCUCAGAUACCACCUCAGUGGCAGGUAUCACAUGAAUUUCCAAUGAACUUUAAUCCAUCCAAUCCCUAUUGUAAUGGAAUCCAAGGCAUUGUAGAAGCAUAUCGGGCUUGCCUUCCACAGAUAAAACUUUAUGGACCAACCAAUUUUUCUCCAAUCAUCAAUCAUGUGGCCAGGUUUGCUGCUGCAGCCACACAACAACAGACAGCUUCUCAAUAUUUUGUGCUCCUGAUUAUUACUGAUGGUGUGAUCACAGACCUUGAUGAAACCAGACGAGCUAUCGUUAAUGCUGCCAAGCUGCCCAUGUCCAUUAUCAUUGUGGGAGUUGGAGGAGCUGAUUUUAGUGCCAUGGAGUUUCUGGAUGGUGAUGGUGGGAGUCUUCGGUCCCCAUCAGGCGAGGUGGCCGUCAGAGACAUCGUCCAGUUUGUGCCUUUUAGACAGUUUCAGAAUGCUCCGAAAGAAGCCCUUGCUCAGUGUGUCCUGGCCGAGGUUCCCCAGCAGGUGGUGGGCUACUUCAACACAUACAAACUGCUUCCUCCCAAGAACCCAGCAUCGAAAUAA